AGUGAAAGUGAUAAAAAAACGGAUGAGUACAAAUGCCAAAAACACAAGGACAGCGCGAAGCAAUUCUACUGCAAAACGUGUGAUGAGCUGAUAUGUCAAAGCUGUACAGUUGUCGAGCACGCUAAACCCGAUCGUGAUAUCACUGAAAGUGAAGCGGCUGCAGAAGAUUUCAGAGAGACGCUCACCGGCACAUUUGCUGCUAUCAACAAGGACAUUAAGUUCAUCGAGGUUCAUCUAUUGGAUACAGAUAACACAAAGAAGUCGUUCAAUGAAAACACAGUGAAGGCUCGACAGGAGGUGCAGGAGAGAGCUGCUGAGGUCAUAGCCAAGGUCAAAGCUGAGGAGAAACGAAUCCUUGAUGACAUCACAACCCAGGAACACAAGCAAAACAAACAUUUUGAUGAGCAUAGGAAGAUCCUUAGUGAUUUGCUGCAGAGAAAGAAACAUACCCUGGAGUCAGCCAAAGAUGUCACGACAAACGCCUCGGUUAGCAACUUCCUAUCGCUGUACCCUGUAAUCAAGGAAGACAUAGACAACCUCAACAGCCACCACCCUCCAAAGAUUCAACACAAACUUUGGUACCUGAGGUUUGUGAAGAGUCAGACAGCAGACAACGUCAGCUUUAUAGGUAAAGUGAAGCAGGAAGGAGACGAGUGGGAGCUGCAUCACGAAUUUGGCAAGCAGGGAAGCGGUGACGGUGAGUUUAAAUCAGCUAGAGGUAUCGCUGCUGCUACACCUGACGAAAUCGCUGUGGCUGACUGGAAGAAUGGCCGAGUGGUAAUCUGCAACGACCAGGGACCCACCGGUAAAUUCCUGGCGAUGGGCCCAAACGACGUCGUCGCUAUGUCAAACCAGUGGGUUUGUGCUGACCAUGGUAAGGUGCGCGUGUACCAGCGAGACGCAACGCUAGCCUAUGAGUUCCACACCGUACUAGAGAGUGAGGUUGGUAAGACAAAAGUACAGCUCGUGAGUGCAGCCGUUUUGAAGAACGGUAACAUCCUAGUAGGGGAUAAAAAGAGAAUGAUGUUGACCGAACACAAACCCGGCGAUGGCAAACUCAUACACAACAAGCCGGUGAAGAUUGCACCCGACUGGUUGGCUGUCAUGAGCAACGGCUGGAUCGUGAUCAGUGAUUGGGACCAGGGACUAGUGGGCAUAGUGGAUGUUUCUGAUGGCAACCCUGCGCCAGUUACCACAAUCAAACCAACCAUCAAUGGUCAGCGGGUAAAGUACUGCAAUGGUGUGAUGAGUACAAACACUGGCAUUUUCAUUGCAGCAGACACAGGUCUAUACACCAGUGGUCAUAUUCAUCAAUACGACUGUACAGGUCAUUUUGUCUGUUGUGUGGUGAAGGGUCUGUACAACCCCUGUGGAAUCACACUCACAGCAGAUGGGCAAGAGCUGGCAGUAGCUGACUGGCACUCCGUCAAGAUAUAUCACAAGGUGUGAUGUCAUCCAGCGUGAUGCUGACUGGUAGUCCGUCAAGAUAUAUAUUCAUAUAUAUAUAUAUAUACAUACACACAGUACAUACUUGUGUUGAUGAAAUGAAUGUUUGUGUAAGUUGACAUUAAACAUUAUGGGAAACAAUUGUGCUAGUCUAAGAAAAUUUGAUGUUUUCUAAGAUAAAUAUGGAGAAUCUGUUCUUUUUUAUUACUGUGAGCUGAGGAAGGUCUCUGUACAACAUUGUGCAAAAUACCUGUAGUAUGUAGCGUUAAAAUUGCUCAUCGAAUUCAUUUCACAAAACACUUGUAACAUUGGAUCCACUCAAUUGACUGCCUAGUAUUUCUGCUCAACAUAGUCAUUAUUUUUUUUCUUUGGAGUACCUACUAGAAUUUGAGAAUACGUUAUUCAUCAUUACAUGUAUACUUUUUUGAGAGCGCUAAACGAAUUUAAAACAAGCAUCACACUGGACUAACCCAAUUAAUCUCUUUUUAGUUUUGCUUUAUUUUGUUUCGUAAACUGCACAAAAAAGUGUUGGCAAAGCCAAAUUUCCUAGUAAUUGAGUGUUCAUAAUCCCAUUGCAAAUAACUCAGCGGUCAUCCACUUUCCAGUUACAAGUUACUGAACGAAGUGUAAUAAGCGCCAUUUCUGUCUCAGUGCUCAUCCUUUUGAGUGAACGUAGUGACGUUGCAUAACAUGGGAAAUUGAUAUUUUUUUUCAAGACAGGAUAAUUAAAAGCCUGUAAACUUCCGUUUGUGAAUACAAAACAUUGAAGACUCAGAUAACGUUUUAUGUCAGAUUCAAAUCAUGUGAUUUCUUUGGCGAGUAGCAAGUAGGUUUUGAAGACACGUUGUGUACAUCUACUGCGUUUAUUAUACGUCACGUGAAGAACGCUCAACGAAUUCAACUCCACAAAACACACAUCACUUUGGACCUGCUUAUUCAAUUCCUUAUUAGUAUUACUCAUCAUUCUGCAGUAGUAUCUUUUCCUGCGAGAACCAUUUAGACUUUAAAUGUAGUUAUUAAAAUAUUAAACGUUGUUAUACGUUAUGCCAGAGCUGCUCAUCGAAAUCAAACACACAGAAUACGGGCGAAGUAAUUGGAUUAGCUCAAUAAAUUGCUGUUGAGUUUUGUCUGUCGGCAAAUUGUUAUACCCACGUUCGUUGCUAAAUCCAGUGCAAGUAAUGUAUCAGUCAUCUUGUUUCAAGUUACAAACUAUUCAACAAACUGUAGCAAAUGUAUUUCUCAACAUUGAUCCUUGGCAAGGGCGUAAAUCCGGAGGUGGGUGGCUUAUAUAUGCUGUUGAGUUUUGUCUGUCGGCAAAUUGUUAUACCCACGUUCGUUGCUAAAUCCAGUGCAAGUAAUGUAUCAGUCAUCUCGUUUCAAGUUACAAGCUAUUCAACAAACUGUAGCAAAUGUAUUUCUCAACAUUGAUCCUUGGCAAGGGCGUAAAUCCGGAGGUGGGUGGCUUAUAUAUCCCCGUUUUCAGAGGUUAGGAGAUAGACUAUUGAAUCUUUUUGUAGUGAUCCAAAAAUUAAAGUGGAGGGUAAAGAAUUUUUCAGACGUCCAACGACAAACAAUGCAGUGUCACUCAAAAAAGGACAAUUAAAAGAGCGAUAAAUAUGUCUUUCUGAAUACAUUUUACAGAUGCACAUUAAUGUCAUGAACAUAUAUAGGCUUCUGAAUAGUGUGAGAUUGUGUAAGUCGGCUCAAGGGAAAUGGUGUCAGUGUUAACGAUCUUGUUACAAUUUAUAAAAUGUACACUCUCCCAACCUUAGACUACGGAGCAGUCAUCUGGUCUUCUGGCAUAUCAAGAUAUCAAUCUUAACGUCUUGAGAGGGUAUAGAAGCGAGCACUUCGCAUUAUUGUAUACCCAAAUUUGCUGUCCUAUUGAAUUGUUGUGUAAGUUUAAUAUGCAGGACCUGUCUGUUAUACAGCAGGUCACGAAAUUUGCUGAAUCAUUGUAGUGGUUCUCUUCUAGACAUCGCCAUUUUUUAUCAUCAACUCGGCAAAUGCUCUCAGAUUGUGUACUCGGGUAUUCCAAUCAUCUGCAAAUACCAUACUGCAGAACACAAAGAUACCAACAAAGUCCAAUUAUAUACAUUUCAAACCUGUUAAAUGAUAAAUUCCAGAUUCCCUCAUAAUUAACCCUAACUCCCUAGGGUGUGUGGGGGAUCAUGUUGAAAUUGGAGGAAUCAGGACUGUUAGGGUUAAUUCCCCCUUCGGCAUUUUUAAACUUACUUAUUUAUAUAACGGUGUAUUUUUAUCAGUGUUUAUUAAUGUAAUCUAUCUAUUGUAAUUAAAUUUAUCUUUUAAACUGUCU